GUUGUAUUUUUCCCCUCCAUUUUUCAGCGAACCCCAAAAGGAAAACCCAAGGAAGCGUGGAUGGAUAAGAGAGAGAUGAUUUCAUUUUCAAAUGAUAUGUUCUGUUCUGUUCCUUAAAAUUUACUCAAAAUUCAUCCCUCCCUUGUGUAAAAUCGCAGCCCCAAUUCCCGAUUUUCCAUAAAUCGACAUCCCUGGAUGUCAUUUUCCAUCCUUCUGAGCCACAUACGCCAAACCCACAUUCAUCUUCUUGAUCUUAAACCUAAAAACCCUGCAACUUCCUCUUGCCAUGACAUUCUCAAGCAUCCAAACCCCUGUAUUUCCAAUCCCUUUCAACAUUUCCGAGAUACCCUUUUCUUCUUUCUCCCUCAUCUUUCUUCCCUCUUGUUCCAUUAAUCUCCCUUUUCAGUCAUCUCAAUAACCCAGGUGGGAUUUUAAUGGCGGGCCUUUCUGUUUUUUGCAAUAAUGGGUACUCUCUACCUCCAGGAAGCUUGGGAGCUCAUGUUAGCAGCGAGAGGUCCUUUUGGAGGUAUAGAAACCUUUCUUGUAGUUCUGUUGCUCUUCCUUCCGUGGCGUUUACUGCUACGUGCAGAAAUUUUAAUUCUGAGUUGCUCUGUAGUUGUAGAUUUAAGUUAAUGUUAAAUGGGCAGAGGCGAUUUUCCUGUUUAGAGUUGAGCAAGUUCUGUAAAUCACGGCGUGGAUUAUCUUGUAACUGUAAACUGGGGCAUUUGAUGAAUGAUAAAAUGCCCCAUCUGGGUAGUAGAAGAAACAACAAUUUGAGAAGAAAAUUUGCUUUGAGAUUACGCCCGAGGUUGAGAUUGUUGUCUAUAAGAUUGAGAACAGUUUCUGUUAGAUCAGCUCUGAACAAUGUAGGGACAUUUUUUAGGAAGAAUAUUAGGAAGGUGACCUUUUCUGCUUCAGUUUCCAUUGUUUUGGGGCUAUGCUAUUUGUUUCUGAGAAUAACAGCAGUCCCACCUUCUAAAAGUGUUCCAUAUUCAGAUUUCGUAACCAGCCUUCAGAAUGGAACUGUCACGAAAGUUCUACUCGAGGAGGGAUCUCGUCGGAUAUAUUUUAACCGGAGUUUUACGGAGUCUAUUCAAGGCUCAGAUAGCAAACCACCAUUAGGAGAUAUUUCUGAUGGCAGUGAUAAGGGAAUGAAUGACGAAUCAGGAACUGUUCAAUCCCCAAGAGUAAAUUUAUUGACGAAGAUUUCUAGAAGGAGAAGCCGUGCUGUGACUCCUGAGUGGCAAUUUUCGACUAGGAAAGUUGACCGUGAUGAAAAGUUUCUGCUUAGUUUGAUGAGAGAAAAGGGAACUACUUAUAGCUCAGCCCCUCAAUCGGUUUUAAUGUCGAUGAGAACUACAUUGAUAACCAUCAUAUCUUUAUGGAUUCCUUUGAUUCCUCUCAUGUGGCUUCUCUAUCGUCAACUUUCUGCAUCGAAUACCACUGCAAAAAAGCGUAAACCGAAUAGUCCAAUGGUUGGAUUUGAUGAUGUGGAAGGCGUAGACGGUGCCAAAGUGGAGCUCAUGGAGGUAGUAUCAUGUCUUCAAGGAGCCAUUAACUACCAGAAAUUAGGAGCAAAGCUUCCUAGAGGUGUACUGUUAGUAGGUCCUCCAGGAACUGGGAAAACGCUCCUUGCACGAGCUGUGGCAGGAGAAGCAGGAGUUCCGUUUUUCAGUGUAUCUGCCAGUGAGUUUGUUGAAAUGUUUGUUGGGCGAGGGGCUGCACGUAUCAGAGACCUUUUUAACGUGGCAAGAAAAUGUGCACCAUCAAUCAUAUUCAUCGAUGAACUUGAUGCGGUUGGAGGGAAACGAGGUAGAAGUUUCAACGAUGAACGCGACCAAACAUUGAACCAGUUGCUAACCGAAAUGGAUGGAUUCGAGUCAGACAUGAAAGUGAUCGUUAUAGCAGCAACUAAUAGACCCGAAGCCUUGGAUCCUGCCCUAUGCAGACCCGGUAGAUUCUCGAGAAAAAUCCUCGUAGGAGAGCCCGACGAAGAAGGGAGGAGAAAAAUCUUGGCAGUACAUUUAAGAGAAGUCCCGCUCAAGGAAGACCUGAACUUGGUAUGCAGUCUAGUAGCCUCACUAACCCCUGGUUACGUGGGUGCUGAUCUUGCAAAUAUCGUUAAUGAAGCAGCAUUACUCACUGCUCGUAGAGGUGGUGAAACCAUAACGAGGGAAGACAUAAUGGAAGCCAUUGAAAGAUCAAAAUUUGGGAUAAACAACAAGCAGGUGAGGCAUAAUUCAAUAAGCAAUGAACUGGGAAGACUUUUUCCAUGGAUGCCAUCUCUAAUGGGAAGGAAUGACAAAAAACUUCAAGGAUCAACAGAAGGGCCAUUAGGCUACCAAACUUUGAGCUGAUUAUUGGUAUGAUUUUCUUGUAUCAAAACAUAUUCAUACUUGGGCCCACAUCUGAUACUGUAACUAAAUUUCUUGUCCCAUUUUAGUACAGUGAGAAGAAUUUUACAAUCCUUUUCUCUUGAGGUGCCAUUAAUGUGUAUAGGAACAUAGGUUUUGGAAUCUUCUUGUAUGAUAGCUAAUAGUGGAUUAGACCUGACUUUAGUUACUCA